AUGACAACUCAAUUACGAAAUAAAGGAAUAACACUUGAGGAAUGGGAAUCAAAAACCCAACUUACGGAAGUACAAAAACAGAGUGUGCUGGAACUUCAAGAGGCCUGUGCAAAAUUACCAUUACCUGACGGUUUUCAAAGCGAUCUUGGUUCAGGGACACCUCAACUUACAUCAUCCCCAACUCCAAUGUCUAUUAAAGAUAGCCAUCGAUCAUCACCAUAUCCUGGUUCUAUAUCAUCCCUAUUUUCCCUUCCAAAGUCACGUUCCACAGUUAAUCUUUUGACUGCAGAAUCUCAAGCAGGAGAAAAUUCCUCUACCUCAUCAUCACCUCAUGCUGUUCUUGGAAUACCACGACCAAUUGAGACUACACAGCAAUUUUUUGAUUGGUUUGCGAGGAUGGAAAAUGAUAUGGAAAAGGAUCAAGAGGAUGUCUAUAGAAAUUUUCUUGAAAUGGUUACUUUAUAUAGACAAGCAUGUGAUAAUUUUUUAGAACAAAUAGAUACAACUGUCAAAUUAUUUAAUGAUUUGGAUGGUAAUUUCAAAUUUGUAGAAGAAAGAACAAAAGCUUUACAAACAGCUUGUGAGAAAUUAUUAGAAGAACAGAAUAAUCUUACAUCAUUAGCAGAUGCAAUAUCUUCGAAACUUUCUUAUUACAAUGAGCUGGAAGAUAUUACUAAGCUAUUUAAUUCUCCUGGAGAAAAUAUUUGUGAACAGCCAGAAUUCAUUCCAGUCUUGGCAAAACUUGAUGAAUGUUUAGACUACAUGCAGAGUAAUUUAAGAUAUAGAGAUUCUGAGCUUUACCUUAUGCGGUUCAGACAAUGUAUGACUCGUGGAAUCACUUUGAUAAAAAUGUACUUUAUUAACACAAUUAAAGGCCUCGGUAUCGAAAUCAGUAAAAAGACAAACCAGUCGACAAAUUCUACUGUGCAAACUGCCUUGUUUUAUGUGAAGUUCCGUGCAGUAGCGCCAAAACUGAAAGAAUUAGUACAUGAGGUGGAAAAACGGUGUCCUGCACAUCGAGAAUAUAAUUCUUUGUUAAAUGACUGUUAUAAUGCGUACUUUUCUGUACGACAACAGUUACUUAUUCCUGUGAUAUAUGCAAAGAUUUUGGAGCUAGGUUCUGACGGACAAGAUAUUUUGACAUUUGCCCGGAACGGAUAUGCGUAUAUGUUGAAUCUUUGUUCAGAUGAAUAUUUAUUAUUUUAUAACUUUUUCUCAACGGGCGAAGACGACUUAUAUGGAAACUUGGAUCUGCUAUGCAGUUACAUGUACGACUAUCUUCGUCCCCGUAUUAUUCAUGAAACGAAUAUUGAAGUUUUAUCAGAACUUUGUACAAUUCUUCAGGUGCAUAUCAAUCAAGAUCCUGAAAAGAUUGAAGAGAAGGAAGGACAAGGAUUACAAUUUAGUUACUUGAUACGUAACGUGCUUCAAGAUGCACAACAACGACUUGUUUUUCGUGUCCAAACAUAUAUUCGAAGCGAAAUACAAAAUUUUAUUCCAAAACCAUCAGAUGUGGACUAUCCUACUAAGUUAAAAGAAUUGAAUGCGACACCUUCAUCCAAUGGCAUCCCUGAGCCAACUGAAAUUCAACAGCCAUCUUCAUCGCCAGCUAUACUAGCAGUACAACAAGAUAACGGUGAUAUCGAAUCCAUGAUAACAGUAUCAUCAGCAUCAUCAAUGAAUGCUAUCGAUGCUGGAGAGUUAUAUCGUGGAUGGUUCCCCACGUUACAACGCACAUUAUGGCCUAAAAUAUUUGAUGAUAUUGCACAAGAUGUUGUUGAUCUAUGUUUGCACUCGCUGCUAACUACAAGUGAAAUAGUAGCAAAGGAGAGCAGACUUGAUGGGCAACUUUUCUUAAUAAAGCAUCUCUUGAUACUUAAGGACCAAAUAGCAUCGUUUGAUACACAAUUUAUACAUGAAGAAAAAGAUUUAGAUUUUUCACAAAUAACGAGCGCACUUGGUGAGAUAUUGCAAAAUAAAUAUUCAAUCCUUAGCCCAACCACUUUAUUUGGUUUGGCGUCGAAGGGAAUACCAAAAGUUGUCGAGAACAGGAUUGAUUCAAAACAGGAAGUCGAUAAAGAGUUGAAGCGUAUAUGUGAAGAGUUCAUUACGGAUAGUUACAAAGCAGCCAUUGAACCAUUAUCAGCAUUUCUAAUGAAGGAGUCCUCAUUCCGAUUAAGAAAUGACCUUAAGCCACCACACCAUCAAACUUUGUUAAAAGAUCAAAGCUUCGCACAACCGGCCAAUAUUAUCGAGGUUUAUGAAACGUUUCAAGAUGCUGUUAAAUCCCGGCUUCGUUAUAUUAUCACCAAAAUGUCAGAAUAUAUUGAAGAUCGUAAUACAGAAAAUGUAUUGCUAAAGCCUAUUCAGAAUCGUAUAAUAGAUACAUACCAAGCAUUUUAUGAAAUUUUACUGUCAGAGAACUUUGAAUUAGACAAUUUUCCAAAAACAUUAGGUGAUGUGGAAGAAGUUAAAGAAUGGGUAAAAUGCGAGUGGUUUGGAGUCGAAGAACCUCAAAAUAAUAAUGUUAAUCUCUAUAGUGAAUCGGAUAAUUAA